GCACCGCGCCUGACGCCACUUCCGCCGCCCUCCCGCGCCGGGCGCGGCCCCACCGGCGGAGCGGAGCCGCCGUCCGCCGCCGAGAUGGACGACGGCGUGGUUCUCCUCAGCGAUUCGGACUCGGAGGGCGCCCGCUCGCCGCCGCUCCAGCCCUGCCGCUCCCGCGACUCGCUGCCCGCCCCCGCCGAGAUCAUUGACCUGACCUGUGAGGAUGCAAACACAGACCCAACACCAUCAAGCAGCCUUACCAUCAUCGACCUGACUGAAGACAUGUGCAGCCUUCUCCACUCCACUGUUGGUGCUGACCAGAACCCCAGAAACACUGCCCCAGCAGCACAUACAUCCCAUCCCCAGCUCUGCCCCACCACAGAAGAAGAAAUACAGGCAGUGGCAGAGCCAAGCGCUGCACCAUCAUCACUCAGCACUCCUGUGAAGCUCAGUUCCGCCACGGUCCCAGCAGAAACCACAGAGAACUGCAGCUGCCUUUCUCCUGUCUCUAGGCACCACAGCUGGAGCUCAGAGCAACAUUCUGGCACUACCACCUUUAACAGCAACUUGGACUCACAGUUGGACUCAGACUGCCUGUCCCCAUCUCCCCCCAGCCUGGACAGCAACAGCAGCAGGAAAGCUGAUGGCCCAGAGGAAGAUCCUCCCCAGCCCUGCCAGGAAAGGAACCUCCCCCCAAGGCUGAGCCCUGCCCCAUCCAUUCCUGUAACCCCAGAAAAGGCCCAAAGGUCUUUUCCAGAAUCAAGUUAUUUCCCACCACACCAACCAAUCCAGCAAGCCACCCUGGCCAGGACUGACACUGACAGCAAGGCCUGGCUGGACAAACUAUACAAUUUCAGCAGGAAUGGAGUCCAGCACCUUUUCCUCCAAGGCAUAGUACCUGACAGGGAAACACAGCAGCAGAAACCCAAGCUCAUCCCCAGCGGGAAGCUGAGUAUGGUGCACACCACCAUGGAGGAGAACAGUCUGGAGGGCACCUUAUAUUUCCUGAACGAGUUUGUCUCCUGCCAGCAUUGUCCCCCCAGAGAAAUCAUCUGCCACCUGAUCAAACAGAUGCUGUUGGACACCCACAAAGAGGAGAUUCUGAGUGACAUCUACACACUGCUGCUGAAGAUCCAAAUGCUCCAUCCAGCCAACAUCACCACAGUGGGAUGGGACUGGACACUGGUGAGAUUCAUCAUGGAGGACCAGGAGAAGCCCCCUGGCCGGCUCCUCUUCCUGCAGUACAUGGUACAGACUUUGGAAGAUGACUUCCAGCACAAUCUGAAGUCACACCAGCUGCAGAAGUCAAUUGCCAAGAAAGUGCUUUCGUGCGACUUGUGUUUCACCAAUGUCAAGGAAGUGGUCAAGUGGUUGGUGGCAGCAGUUACUGGAGUCGGGUUCUCCCAGCCCUUGGAGCAGCUGCAAGAAGCCAGGGCUGAACACAGCUCUUCUUCACCAAGGUUGGCCAGCACUCAUACAGCUCAGACUGACCAGGCUCAGACAUCUUUCUUCACCCAAAAGGUGAUGCUCCUGCUCCAGCGGAUGUUGUCCAUGGCAGUAGAAGUGGACAGAUCUCCCACCUGCAGCUCCCGUAAGAUUGCAGACGACAUAUUCCCGUUCAUACUGAAUAUCCCCCUGAGGAGCCAAAGGGAAGCUUUAUUAAACACCAUGGAGAGCCAGCUCCUGCGCUGCAGACUGCUAGAGCUGUUAUUCCAGCAUAGUUGUGAUGUGCCCACAACCUCGUCCAUGUCUCUGGACAAGAUCCUGUAUUUCCUGAGCCACUCCUCCGUGCUGCCACAAUUCCAGGAUGAAACAGCAACAUGGCAAAGGUGGGACGAGAUGCUGCAAUACUUGAGUUUGCUGCUGCUGAGUUACCAAAGUGUAAAACUGGAACACCUGCGGACUGCUGUCAGUGACCGGAUGGAUUUGAUUGCUCAGAAAGCCAAGCCCAGGCUCCAGGAAAGUGAUGAUAUCAGCCAGCUGGAUAUUCACCUGAAGAUGAAUGACUUCAUCAGCAGAAUGCAGGAGACCCUGAAGCAGCCUUUUCCCCCCCAAAUCCAGGAGAAAUUGUUCAUGUUGCAGGAGUUGUUCUACGUUGUCACUGCUGCCUGACAGAGACAGCCACUGCAGCAAGGGGGACAAAACUUCAUAUUCUCAAUAGACAACCCCCCAUCUCACACUGCAAUUUCAGCAUCAUGGAGGUUGCUUAAUACGCUUCUUUUGAAAGGUGUUUGGUUUAAAUUGUCUCAGAAUUUCCAUUCAAGCUUGCCUCCUUGUACAGUUUUACAAAGCACUUUGUACACUUUAAAAAAUGAGGUUUUUUUCAUGUUUGCUAAGACUCAUCUUGGUGCCAGCACUGCCCAAAGGAAGUCCAGAGCUCCCUUAGAUCACACCAUAAGUCCAUGCUUUAACCCCAGCUUUCCCAACCUGUGAGAUUCACCUGUGCAAUCAGGACUACAGCAGCAGUUUGCACCUCAAUACCUGAAUCUGUUCCAUGACUUUAGCUCAGCUUCCACUCUAUGAGCACAGGGAACACCAGCAUUCAGAGCUCAGACUUCCCCAGCCCAGGUGAAUCGUGCUCCAUUGGCAGUACUUUAAAGGGCAGCUAAAAGCACUGCAAUAGCACCAAACCACAAUUUCACAGAGGGGAACUGGGCACCUCUAGGGAAACACCAGCCUAGUUCCCACACCUGUGCCCACCUCCACAGUACAGGUGGAAACACAGCAUGCAAGCAACAAGAGACAAAAAUCUCUGGAGCAUGGAUUUGGAUUGCUCAAGAAAACAGAGACUUCAUGUUUAGUUUCAUCUGCAUGCGCUCUAUGACAACUGAUCCUGUCUCCCUGUGAAAAGGGAGUUUGUGUCCAAAUAUUUCACCUUACUGAGGUGCUGCCAGAGCCUUAUUCAUCAGAACCUUGACCCCACACACUCACUGGACAGCCCCAAAUUUCUCCCACAGAUGCUCUGCCAGCACCAACACACACUGGACCCUCAAUUCCACAAGGAUUUUAUUGUCCUGUAACAAACAAAACAAAAACAUACACAUUAGGAGACUUGAAUACAGUCAGCAAAUAAAUUAAUGUCAAAUGAGAGCCUGAUUACCAAGGUGCAAACAAGUGGUGACAGAACUGCUGGUUUGGGUGGGGGACUUUCACACAACACAUCACUGGCAGUGCUGCUGAAGCUUGAGAGAAAGCAGUGCUACAAAAGGUGCUGCUUCAGAGGGGCCAGCAGCCAGCCAAGGGAGCCAACCCUGUCUCACCCUCCAGGAGAGUGUUUGGUUUAAGAAGGCAGAAACCCUGGAGGUCAACAGUUACCAGCUGUUAAGUAACCUCUGUAUAAUGUCCUGGCAACAGAGAAGGUUCCACUUCCAGAUGCAAGCCUCCUGCUGGCUGAAGCACUCUGCAACACAACUGUGAGAUCAAGACCAGACCUGAGGAGACCCAUUUGCCACAGCACAGGUGAGGAUUACAGAGCAAUGCUGCCUAUCACACUUAAGGGAUUAGAUAGUAGCCAAGGGUUCCUUCCACUUUUCCUGAAAGCCAGUGUUAGCUGUUCCCAGGAACUGGUUCAGACUAGGUCAAGGAUCACAUCCAGCUGUACCUUGGCAGGGAGCUGUUAAGUUCAGCCUUGGUCUGCCCUCAGUCCUCCCCCAGCCCUGUAGAACACACUUAAUGCUGAUAAAACAAAAUACCCUGUCUGAGAAGUGUUUCUGGUGUCUAAUACAUUCUACACAAUUCUAGGGAAAACAAUGAGCAAAACCAAAUCAAGCAGCAUCCAGAGUGCCAGAACACCUGCAAAUCUGCUGUCUGGAAUGCAGGACGGUGCUGUUUUGCAAUAUGAAGAAAGGAGGAUUACUUGGUUCAAGCCAUACCAGCUUUGGUUACUUCCACCUUGUCAGAGGAAGAUGAAGAGUUGGAAGAAAAGGAAAUUUGUCCUCCUUACUUCCAAGCUCCCAUUCGAUUCUGCUCCCUGCCUUUCCAAUGAGAUCUUAGAAUGGUCACUAGUCCCUUUUCCCUUUAAAAAACAUUGCAAGAACAAAAAACAUGGUCACACUGGAUAGUGAAGGGAGUGCCACAUUUAUACUGACCCACCACAUACCCCAUCUUCCUUCUGGCAGCUAAUAGUCCAGUUUUCAGUCCUUGC